AAUUGAUUGAUUUAUUGGACUGGGAACUGGGAAGGAUUGGAACCUGCGCGCGCCUUAUCCUAUACGGUCGAUAGAUAGAGACGGAGCUGGGCGCAGUGAAGCUCAGGUCGGCACCAUGCUGGCGUCUUUGCAGCUCCCCACCGGCCUCCGCAGUUCAUCACGCCUCUUUUCCCCAAUUCCUCACGCUCAUCGUCACUCUCUUCCUCUUCCAUGUUCAUCUUCCCUCACUGGUUUUCCCGAUAUCUCCACGCAGCCUUUGGAAUCCAACGCGGCGGAGGCUUCCAGAUUCAACCAGUGGCCGAACAACAACGGCGACAUGGCUGAUGAUGACUUCCAAGACAAAGGUAUUUCUAGGAUUCCUGUUCCUAGACACAAGCACAUUCCAGUUUCUAAAGCUCAGCUGUUGGAUGCCAUUGUUUCGACCUUCUUUAACUCCAACCAUGACGAUGAUGAUGAUGAUGAUGAUCCCGACGCUCAACAUUUUCUUCUCCUCUCUUCGUGCUUGGACUCCAUUCUUCAUGCUGAGCACAAGAAGACCUUAGAAGAAAUGCGGAACGAUUAUUCCCUUACUCAGUCGCUGGAAAACGAGGCUAAUUCUGGAGAAUCUUCUACUAAUACUGAUGGCCAGACUGUUUCGAAUGAGAAAGAGGAGUCUAUCACGUCCAAAGAUGCGAUUACUGGAAUUGGAAGCAUGGAGGAGCUGGUGCAGAAGAUUGGAGUUGGCAAUCCGAUGCCUUUCAGUUAUAAUUUGGACUUCCGCAAUCUCUUGAGUUCUCUGAAGGGUGGCGUAAAUAGUUACAUCAAUGGGGAAUCUUCAGUAGCAGUUGCCACUCGUUUCCAGCGUUCAUUUAUCCAACUUCUUAAAAAUGCUGAAUUUGAGGAACUGUCGGCCAUGGACCUGGGCUUGACAUCAGCAUUAAAUACAGACUAUCUGCUUACUUUGCCAAUAUACGUUGACUGGAAGAGGGCGUCCGAGUCUAAUGCAAUUAUUUUCAGGCGAGGAUAUGCAACUGAGCGGCAGACAGGCCUAUUAAUUGUUGAUAAACUAGAUUAUAUACAGUCUAGACUUCUACGUGGACUCUUUUCCAUAAUCGCAAAGCCACUGGGGAGACUUGGUACUUGGAUAGCUGAGGUUGUUUAUGGUGCUCCACAGAUGCCAGAAAUACAAGAAUGGGUUAAGAGGUUGAGGCUUUGGGUGAGCGAACUUCCUACAUCUCAGCAAUUAUUUCGUUAUGAUGAAGAAGAUUCUGAUGGUCUACUGAGUGACAAUCGGAUUUCAGAUAAAGACCUUCCAAUUUGGCUUGCAGCCCAGAGUGCAGUAUCACGUUACGAAGGAAUUCUUUCUUCCAUGGGGCCUCGUGGAAGACUCUUAAGGAGGCUGCUUACAUGGAUAGGACUUCUUCCUCCUAUGCCAGAACAAGCAUUCACGCCUAAUGAUGACAGUAAAGCUUCUGAACCUUAUUUAAGGCCUAUCUUCAUAUCACGAAUAUCACUCAGUGAUAUAUGGAGGCCUGCAAUGAAAAAUUGUGGGAAUAAUAUUUGGAAACGAUUGAAAACAUCCAUUUCGAUCCUCCUCUCUCAAUCAGUGCUCCAGGAGCCAGCCUUCCAAGAAUUGAUUUUACUUUACACCAAAGGUGGAAGGAAUAGUGGAGAUAAGACUGAGGUUCCAUCGUUGCAGUUAAAGAUCUAUGAGAAGAUUCCUAUUCCGGACUUACCAGUGAUCUUUCCUGACAAGAAACUAUCUUUUCGAAUUAUAGACGCGCUACGCUUGGAUGCUGCGACAAUAUUGGGACUUUUGGCUUUCUUCAUUAAUUACAAGUUCGAAAACGUCUUGUCCUCACCGUCAGCAAUUGUUCUUGAUGUGGUUGCAUUCAGUGCUCUUGUCAUUUACAUCACCCGAGUUGUUUUGGGUUACAAACAAACCUGGGAUAGGUAUCAAUUAUUGGUUAACAGGACACUGUAUGAGAAAACUAUAGCCAGUGGUUUUGGGUCAGUUCAUUUUCUGCUGGAUGCUUCGGAACAACAGCUAUACAAAGAAGCUAUCUUGGCCUAUGCAAUACUACUCAAAGAAGAAAAGGGAGAGGUACGAUGUGGCAAAAGCGUCGGGGACAAAUGUGAAAGAUUUCUGUACGAGGUGUUAAAAGUAAAGGUUGAAAUGGCGAUAGAUAAGGCAAUAGAAACGUUGUCGAGAUUGGGGUUAGUAGUAAGCCAAAGAGAAGCAGAAGUAGAUGGCGGAGUUAGAGUGCAGGCUGUAGGGUGUGAGAAGGCUUAUGAGGCGCUUAAACAGCACUGGAAUGGGUUGCUGACUUGAGCUUCAUGAUGAUGCCUUUGGGCGCACCACUUUGCUUUGCAUCAGAAUAUGCGGUUUGCCUUCCAACUCUACUUUUCCCUUUUCCACUUUUUGGUAAAACCUGUAUAGUAUAGAAACUACACCAGCCAUACCAUAUCUGUGGGGCUUUUAUUAUUAUUAUUAUUAUUAU